AUGAUUGAAUCGUUCAGGGCCCCAAGGAAUUCUGGUCAGGUGUGGACUUGUUUUAUGGUCUUCUCUGCUUUGUUGUCUUUUAAUUUGGAUAAGUUUUGUGAUUUGGGAGGUUGUCACUUUUAUAAGCAGGAAGCAUCAUCAGAUGAGGUGAUGACGGAGGUUGAAUUUAACUCCAGUCUUGAAGACUUCGCCAACACAGGUCGUUCGGGCCGACGUAACGCCAUGCCAGACGUUCUCGAUCCAGUCAAAACAGCCGUGGGGACAGGCAAUCUUCCUUUUGACCUAGAAAAAUUACAUUGCUCAGAUCCUGAAGAAGGCAAGUCUAAUACAGCCUGUGCUGCUCCAAACUCUUCAUCCAGUGAAAACACAAAUAACCCUUCAGGCUCCUAG